AUGGUAGACAAUCGAGGAUACAAAAAUAAUCUACUUUUUGUUGCUGUUGUUAUAGGUAUUUUUAUCACUAUUAUUUAUGUCAUAAAACGUCCUUUACCAAAUGAAAAUACACUAAAGUUAAUUGAUCCAACUUCAUCAUGGACGGAAUGUAGACAUGUCACAAUAAAAGAACUAGAUGAAUGGUUUGAUUCAGGAGAAUGGAAUGGAAUUCCUAAAAUAAUUCAUCAAACAUGGAAAAAUGAAACAUUACGUGAGAGACAAAAACAAUGGAGUCAAACAUGGUGUAACCAAUAUACUAAUUGGCGUUAUCACUUAUGGACUGAUGACGAAAACGAUUUAUUUGUUCGAACAAAAUUUCCAUGGUUUUACCCAACAUUUCAACAAUUAUCACCAGCUAUUCUUAAAGCAGAUAGUGUACGAUAUUUAUAUAUGUUUUAUUAUGGUGGACUUUAUAUUGAUUUAGAUUAUAAAUCUAUACGUCGUGCUGAUCAUUUAUUUACUAAUAAAAAUGUUAUUCUUUCUUUAAUAAAUUAUUCAUUUAAUUCAAUGAAUAGUGUACCAAACUCGUGGAUGGCUUCGAAACCACAUCAUCCAUUGUGGACAUAUAUUUUAUAUCGAAUUAUGUUAUUAUGGUCUCGUGCAACAGAUCAAGAACGAAAUGAAUUUUGGAAUGGUAAAGCAGAAUUUUUUACUGGCCCACAAUCACUUUUUGAUGGUUUAAUGUUUUAUAUACAUUCUAAUCUACAGACAGAUCAAUCUUUAGAUCAACUAUUUGGAAAUAAUCAAAAUCAAACAUCGGAUUCCAUACUUGAACUUGCUAAUAUAACAUUUUUAGGACCAAGAUUAAUGAAUGCAUAUGAUUGGAUGAAUGGUAUUGGUGGAGAUGUAUGUUCAGCGGAACGACCAACAUUUAAUGAAAACAUAUGUAAAGAAAUAGUUAAGCCAAUUUAUGGAAUUACUUAUUGGUCACAUUCAUAUGGACAUGGACAUGAGAAUGAUGCUAAUUAUUUACGAAGUAUACAAACUUAA